AUGCUAACGGUUUUCAGAAUCAAUCUUGUCUUACUCGUUUAUUCGAUGCAACCGAUUGAUAUUGAUGUUGGUUUCAAGGAGGGAUGCGCGGUUGGCAUCAAAUCCGUACUGGAUGAAAAUGAUCGUGUCAUUGCGUCGUUCCGUUGCCAUGGAUGGACGUUUCUCUCCGGACCAGGCGUUAAACCGGUUCUCUGUGAAUUGACCGGUCGAGCGAACGGAAAUGUGCACGGUAAAGGUGGAUCGAUGCACAUGUACGGUAAAAACUUUUACGGGGGAAACGGCAUUGUCGGAGCACAGCAAUCGAUGGGCACGGGUAUUGCUUUCGCGUUGAAAUACAGGAAACAGAAGAAUGUUUGUUUCACGUUGUUUGGCGAUGGAGCUGGCAAUCAAGGACAACUUUUUGAAUGUAUAUUCUGCUUAGUUUGA